UUUAAAACGCAUACAUUUUGUAGCUGAUUUUUGUGGCCCGUGGCUGUUUGAAAGUGCAUUAGAUUCGACUUUAUUACCCUAAGUUGAUAAUAUAGUUCAUAAAAAUGUCUACAACAGCAUCGAGAAGAUCUGCAGUUGCUGGGGAUCGAGAAUCCACAGUGAAAAAAGCCGAGUCAAAGUCACAACCCGUUGCUUGCUCGCAUAGCGUCACAAGAAGGUUACAACUUGAUCUAACAAUGCUUAUGACAUUUCCAGUGAAAGGUAUCUCAGCAUUUCCCUCUGGAGACAACCUAUUUCAUUGGAAUGCAACAAUAGUGGGUGUUGCUGACACACCAUAUGAAAACUUGACAUACAAAUUGUCACUAGAAUUCACAGAUAAAUACCCAUGUGAGGCACCCAGAGUAAAGUUCACCUCACCCUGUUUUCAUCCGAAUGUGGAUGACAAAGGAAACAUUUGUCUUGAUAUAUUGAAGGAACAAUGGGCACCGUCAUAUGAAGUAAAGACUAUACUUAUAUCAAUACAAAGUCUUCUUGGAGAACCAAAUAACGAGAGUCCAUUAAACACUUAUGCGGCAUCACUGUGGGAUAAUCAAGAAGAAUUCAAAGCUGUGGUUGCCAGGAAAUAUGAAAAAGAUGUUCGGCAGAAAUUAAAGGAAUGAGCCAGUUGAAAUAGGGACUUGUAAAUAUAUAGAUGGAUUUUGUGAAUUUGUUAAGUAGGUAUGCACAUAAGGCAGUAAAAACCUUGACACAACUUUAUGCUGCUUCAAGUCGUAUUUUCAAAAUAAGAAAAAAAUACCAUGUAUGUAACGAUUAAGUAUGUACAAUAUGCAUGAAAAUAUAUGAUGUUGUUUUAA